AUGUGGGGGCGCGCGGCGCGGCGGCGCUGCCCGCGGGGGCUGCGGCGCGGCAGGGGGACGCUGCUGGCCCUGCUGGCGCUGCUGGCGCUGGCUGGGCUGGGGGCGGUAGUGCGAUCGCGGCUUGGGGCCGGAGCCGGGUCCACCCAGUCCGGACCUCCGCGGUCCCUACGCUCCGGACGCCGCGAGCCAGUGCUGCCGCGGCCACCGCUGUCCGCGGACGCCCUGGGCGCGCGGGGCGAGGCGGUGCGGCUGCAGCUGCAGGGAGAGGAGCUGCGGUUGCAGGAGGAGAGCGUGCGGCUGCACCAGAUCAACACCUACCUCAGCGACCGCAUCUCGCUGCACCGUCGCCUGCCCGAGCGCUGGAACCCGCUGUGCAAAGAGAAGACAUACGAUUAUGAUAACAUACCCAGGACAUCUGUGAUCAUAGCGUUUUAUAAUGAAGCCUGGUCAACACUCCUUCGGACUGUCUACAGUGUCCUCGAGACAUCCCCGGACAUCUUGGUGGAGGAGGUCAUCCUGGUGGACGACUACAGUGAUAGAGAGCACCUGAAGGAGCGCUUGGCCAAUGAGCUGGCCAGCCUGCCCAAGGUACGCCUGAUCCGCGCCAGCAAGAGGGAGGGCCUGGUGCGAGCCCGGUUGCUGGGGGCUUCUGCUGCCAGGGGUGAUGUGCUGACCUUCCUGGACUGCCACUGUGAGUGCCACGAGGGGUGGCUGGAGCCACUGCUGCAGAGGAUCCAUGAGAAGGAGUCGGCAGUGGUGUGCCCUGUGAUUGAUGUGAUUGACUGGAACACCUUCGAGUACCUGGGCAACUCGGGGGAGCCCCAGAUCGGCGGCUUCGACUGGAGGCUGGUGUUCACAUGGCACACGGUUCCUGAGCGGGAGCGAGCACUCAUGCGCUCCCCCGUUGACGUCAUCAG